AAUUACUAAUACAAUAAUUUACACGGUAAUAAUUAUUCCAACAAUUUUAUAAUUCUAUACAUUUAACAUGAAUAAGAAAAAAUGAAUAAACAAGUGUGGAAAUUGUUGACCAAGCCCCACUCUUUAGUUUCCCGCUUUUUCAAAACAAGGUAUUUUCCUAAUACUUAAUUCUUGAAUUCUAAUAUUGGCUCUAAUCCGAGUUUUUUGUGGAGAAGUCUUUGGAAAGCAAGAGAUGUUUUACGCAUGAUUUGUAGGUGGAGUGUUGGAGAUGGAAGCCAAAUUAAGGUAUUACAUGAGCCUUGGAUUCGUGGAAGUAAAGAUGUUUGUUUAGGAGGACCGUAUCUUCAAGUUGCAAAGGAGAUCUUGAAUGUUCCUUUGGUUAAGGACGUGGUAGUUGGUGGGCUGGUUUGUAAUGAAGAGAAAGAUGGCGAGUAUAGUGUCCGUACAGGCUAUAGACUUUGGAGGAACUCGCUUGGUUAUCACUCUAAUUGUAAAGUUGUCGGUCAAUGGGAGAAUUUAUGGAAUAUUAUGGUUCCGCCUCGAGUUAAACACCUUUUGUGGGGAAUUUGUAGAGGUUGCUUGUCGUCGCGGGUUAGACUUUGACAACACUUUGUUCAAUGUCCGCCGGAAUGCCCAAUUUGCAAAGUGAAUGAAGAAGAGGAUUGGCAUGUGUUUUUCAGGUGCAAUACUAUUAUUUAGUGUUUGCGGGCAGCAGGUUUGUCUUUUACCAUUGAGCCUCGUUUACAAGAUUUUAGUGAUGCUAAAUCUCUUAUUCUCGAUAUUUGUAGUAGAGAAGAUAGGAAGGAUGCAAGUCGAUUUGCUAUGAUGUUAGAGGUGAUUUGGAAGAACCGUAACAAUAUAGUAUGGAAUAAUGAAAGCGAGCGUCUCUCUAGAUUAGGCUUGCAAGCCUAUUUUAAUUGGCAGGAUGGGUUUGCAGCCCAGGAUACUCAUGAAAGGAAUAAUGAUAAUCAAAAAUCUUUAGUGUGGUCUCCUCCAGUUGGAGGUUGAGUGAAAUGUAAUGUUGAUGUCUGCUUCAACAGGCCUCACCGUUUUUCAAACAGAGGUUGAUGUUUUCGUGAUAACAUGGAUAGAUUCAUUACUGCAGGAAUUGCUUGGGAUAUAGGUAGUAUGUCCUCUAUAGAAGCUGAGGCUCUAGCAUUGAAAGAAGCUGUUCAACAUCCUGUUACCAUGAAUUUGGAUUAUGUGAUAUUUGAAACCGACUCUCAAGUGGUAGUUCAAGGCAUUCAUUUUAUAGCUUGUGAUAGCUCUGAGUUAAAUUUUAUUCUUCUUUCAACCAAGCGCUUGGGCUCGAGUGGCAAACGAGUCUCUGCAAAGGACGAUAUUCGGGGAAUACCGAGUUCGAUUCCUGGCAGAAACAACGCUUGGCCAGUGCACGUGCCUCCAUAGCACGAGCCGGAUUAGUCGAUCUACUAUGUAGGUCGGAACCGGUGCGAAAGCAAAAAAAAAAAUUUAUUCUUCUUUCUAUUAAUCAUUUGUUAGCUUUUUUUUCCAAACUUUGAGGUAAAGUUUAUUAAACGCCAAACGAAUAUGAUUUCCGAGUCGUCAGUUAAA